GUGAGACGUGGCCCUUCCGGGCUUCCGUCAGGCUCGCGGUCAUUGGCUGGGCUGUGCACAGCUGACAGUCGCGCGGGCGAGGAAGCUUUGAGGAUGGCGGCGUCCGCGGCGCUGAUCUUGCCGGAGAGCCCCAGCAUGAAGAAAGCAGUGCCGCUGAUAAAUGCAAUAGAUACUGGACGGUUCCCACGCCUUCUUAUCCGAAUUCUUCAAAAGCUCCACCUGAAGGCCGAGAGCAGCUUCAGUGAAGAAGAGGAAGAGAAACUUCAGGCCGCAUUCUCUCUAGAGAAACAAGAGCUUCACCUGGUUCUGGAAACAAUAUCGUUUAUUCUGGAGCAGGCAGUGUACCACAACGUGAAGCCGGCGGCACUGCAGCAGCAACUGGAGAAUAUUCGUCUUACCCAAGAGAAAGCAGAAGCAUUUGCCAAUGCUUGGUCGGCUAUGGGUCAAGAAACAGUUGAGAAGUUCAGGCAGAGGAUUCUGGGCCCUCACAAGCUCGAGACAGUGGCGUGGCAGCUUAACCUGCAAAUGGCCCACUCGACCCAAGCAAAGCUGCAGUCUCCUCAGGCCGUGCUGCAACUGGGAGUGAGCCAGGAAGACUCCAAGAACCUGGAGAAGGUUCUAGUGGAAUUCAAUCACAAGGAGCUGUUCGAUUUCUACAACAAGCUAGAGACCAUACAAGCACAGCUGGAUUCCCUUGCAUGAUGAUCUUGAAGACCAGCUUCUCUGUCCCGUUCCUGCCACCUCGCUCUUUUGCACUGAAGAGAAACUGCCCGAGUAUAUUUCUGAGAGGACUCAGUGACUUUAUUUUAAUAUGACUUACCACUUCUUAAACAAAUACCAGCAAAGGGAGAUCACAAUAAGGGCACUGGGGUUCCUGGUUUACCCUUUCUCCUCACUCGAGCCAAGAACCAUUGUUGAGAAGACUGAAAGAAAUUAAAAGUGAACGCCACACUGCUCUUUCUGUCAGGUUGCUGCCUCAUGACUUUGCCUCAAUCUUGCUUUCAUGGAUCAAUGGAGGUCUGUAGGCAGAAGGUAUGAUGUGAGCCCUAGCAGAGCAUGGAUCCUUAUAAUUGCAUUACUUAAUUAGGGAGGCAGCCCCAGGACAUCAAGUGUUUUGACAUUUGUCUUCUUUUGCUUGCGAUAUAAUACAAGAAGGAAAUCUACAAUGGUGCCAGUACUAUUAUAAGUUAAUUCCAAUGUGAUCCUCUUGCUCUACUCGCUUGAAUUUUUCUGAUUUUAAUGAUUUAAUAAUCAUCUAGGUUUAUAUAUACUAUUGUGAAUUAAUAACAGUGCACUUUACAGUAUGGAGACAGAUUUAAACCGUGAAUGAGAUCACCCAUAAUUGAGUACUACAUGGGAAUCUGAUAUUUUAAAUCAGAAACUGCAUUCUCUUGUGGAUACAUUAAGUUAAUAGUGUCAGUCAAUAAAAAUUUCUAGUUUACCAUUACUUAA